AUGUCUGGGAUCACUGUAAAUUUGGAUUGCGAGGAGUGUUUAUCCCAUGUGGCCAAUACCACGGAGUUGCACCUGCACCCUGAUCUGGAUGAGGAUGAUGAACUUCUUAAAUACAUCUGGAGGGAGUAUUUGCACCCCAAACAGUAUGAAUGGGUUCUGAUCGCAGGCUACAUUAUAGUGUUCUUCGUUUCUCUCAUCGGAAACUCACUGGUUUGCUUUGCAGUGUGGAAAAAUCGGCACAUGCGCACCGUAACCAACUACUUCAUUGUGAAUCUCUCCUUGGCUGAUGUCUUGGUCACCAUCACCUGCCUCCCGGCGAGUCUCGUGGUGGACAUCACUGAGACGUGGUUCUUUGGAAACACUCUGUGCAAAGUUGUGCCUUAUCUGCAGACGAUUUCUGUUUCCGUAUCGGUCCUUACUCUGAGUGGCAUUGCCCAAGACCGCUGGUAUGCUAUCUGCCACCCGCUGAUGUUCAAGAGUACAGCCAAGAGAGCUCGCAAAAGUAUUGUUCUCAUCUGGGUUGUGUCGUGCAUCAUCAUGAUUCCUCAGGCUAUUGUGAUGGAGUGCAGCAGCCUCCUCCCUGAGCUUACAAACAAGACCAGCCUGUUCACCGUGUGCGAUGAGCACUGGGGAGCUGAGAUCUACCCCAAGGUGUAUCACACCUGUUUCUUCAUUGUCACAUACUUUGCACCAUUAUGUCUCAUGGUUCUGGCAUACAUCCAAAUAUGUCAUAAACUGUGGUGUCAACAGAUUCCCGGGAGCUCAUCUGUGUUGCAGAGGAAAUGGCGGACUUUCCAGUGUUCAGCUCAGGCUCCAGCGCCCGGCGAGUCAGUCAGAGUCCGAACCAGCACUGUCUGUGCCGAGAUCAAACAGGUCCGGGCCCGGCGCAAGACAGCCCGCAUGUUGAUGGUGGUGCUGUUUGUUUUCGCCUUGUGCUACCUACCAAUCAGUGUGCUCAAUAUCAUGAAGAGAGUCUUUGGGACUUUCAAGAACACAAAUGACAGAGAAACCGUGUACGCGUGGUUCACUUUUUCACACUGGCUCAUCUAUGCCAACAGUGCAGCGAAUCCUAUCAUCUAUAAUUUCCUGAGUGGGAAGUUUCGAGAGGAGUUCAAGGCAGCAUUUUCCUGUCAUUGUUUUGGUCAAGGUCAAAAGCAGACAAAGAGGACGAGGACCAGAACAAGCACUGACAGUCGCAAAUCCUUGUCGACUCAAGUCAACAAUAUGGACAGUGUGUCGCGGAUAUCGGAUCAGGUAGUGUAG